AUGGGACCAGGUCAGCUAUGGAAGCUAGCGCUGCUUGCACAGCUGGUCGCGAGGGGCCUGGCGCAGGUCAACUUCGAGUUCAGCACUGAGUCGUUCUCAUACUACGGGUGCUACGAGGUCGCAGCACUGAAAGGCUCGUUAAGAUACGACGGCCAAUCCAUCUUUAAUACCAAGGACUUGUGCAUCAAGAACUGCGAGAAAGGAGCGCUUGCGGUCGUGAAGGAAAAAGAAUGCUACUGUGGGGAUAGCGCUAGUGUCCUCAGUGGUCUGACGGCUGCAGGGGAAGAUAAGUGCACGAGUAAAUGUCCUAUUCUUGGCGCAACCUGCGGCGGGCCGAGCGCGUACUCUGUCUACGUCAACGACAAACACCAGAAGGAUAUCUCGGAUGAGCCUAAGUCUCCUUCAUCCACUACCGCGCAGACGUCUUCGGAAGCUGCGCAUACAUCCAGCUCUACUAAGACGACGACCUCAUCGACUGCCGCUCCGACAACAUUGGCCAGCACUCAGCCCUCGACCACUUCGACUUCGACUUCCAGCACAUCUUCGCAGACGACAACGGUCGCACCAGCGACGACAGAAAAUACCCCGACAACGUCGGUGACUCAGCCGCCAAAUCCACAAACAACCGUUUCUUACUCAGUUACUACAAGAGUUUCAGAAGGGUCAACUAUUAUCAGUACAGCAGAACCUGUCACUCGAACGAUAACGGGAUCUGCCCCUUCUAGCACAAGUUCUGCCCCAGAACACUCGACUUCUGAUGCGCCGAAAAAGAACAGCAAGUCGCUAUCGGGCGGCGCAAUUGCCGGAAUUGUGCUUGGCUCGCUUGCACUAGUGGCCAUUUUCAUAGCCCUCGCCGUUUUCAUCAUGGUCAACCGUGAUCGGGAUGAUGUAUCCAGCGAGCCCGACUUGGAGGAGAAGCGAUUCCAUCAGCCAUAUUCGUUCGGAGACCAGGACCCGCUGCCGCUGAAUUAUACUGAUCCUUCCUCGACUUCAAACUCAAGACACCAAACAAGAUCGACGUCGGAACAAUCGGCGCACCAUGCGCUUUUCGCAGACCAAGCUCCUGUGGCGCAUUACCAAGAAGCCGGCUUGGGACGUCCAAGAUUGAGCAAUAGUUCGCUCCCCGAUGUUACCGCGAAUAGACCAUUACGGAUUGCCAAUCCUGAUAAAGACUAA